CUCGUUUGAGUUGGUUGUGUGUUGUUGAUCUACAAUACACAACAAAAGAAAAUAUUUUGAAAAAAAAAAAAAAUCAAAACUAACGCGUGAAUACAAUUUUUAAAAAGUGCGUUUAAUUUUAAAAAACGACAAAAUAAAAUUUUAACUACAAGUUAUAAAAGAUACAAGUGUUUUGUUUAUUUUUGGUGCAAUUAAUAAAUAAAUUUUGAAUUCCAAAUGGCUUCCACUAGUCAAGAAGUGGUGGUGGCGCCACCUGUUGAUGCUCACAAUCUGCGCAAAGAUAAGAGUUUAUGGCGGGAUCUAACCUCCUAUUGGAUUUUGGGUUUAUGCAACAAUUAUGGUUAUGUGGUAAUGUUAAGUGCAGCUCAUGAUAUUAUAGGACAAUUUCAUCAUGAUGCGGUAAUGUCGAGAAUGUCAUAUGUUUCAACGGGUGCUAUUUUAUUGGCUGAUAUUCUGCCCUCACUAUUUGUAAAGUAAUAAUGCCCUUAUUUUUCUUAUCUCUUCCAGUUUCGCAUAGCUACAGCUGUACUCUUCUCUGCUGCCGGUUUUUUUGUGGGUUUCGCCAAUGCUGAAUGGAUGGCCCUACUGGGUGUUAUUAUCACCUCCGCUAGUUCUGGCAUAGGAGAAACAACAUUCCUAGCCUAUUCCUCCCACUUUAACAAGAACGUAGUGUCCACCUGGUCUUCUGGUACUGGGGGUGCUGGUGUUAUUGGCUCUCUGUCAUAUGCCACCUUAAGAUCCCUAAAUGUCAGUCCUCGAGAUACCAUGUUGAUAAUGUUAAUAUUCCCCUUCAUAGAGGCCUUAUCAUUUUGGAUUUUGUUGAGGAAACCUUCUGUUUUGCCUGUGACAGCGGUAGAAUCUACCGAGGAACUGAUAAUAGACGAUAAACCUCUGCAAGGUUUCAAGGAAAAGUUUUUCUAUAUCAAAAACUUGGUCAAAUAUAUGGUACCUUUGGCGUUGGUGUAUUUCUUUGAGUAUUUCAUAAAUCAAGGAUUGUUUGAAUUGGUUUUCUUUGAAAACACUUUCCUGGAGGCUUCUCAAUACAGGUGGCUUAAUGUGGACUAUCAAAUUGGUGUUUUCAUCUCCCGCUCCUCGGUUAAUAUCUUCCAAUUGGACAAGAUUUGGUUAAUGUCCGUGUUCCAAUUAGUCAAUGUGGUCUAUUUCCUUACCGAGGUCAUCUACUUCUAUACACCCAGCAUCUGGAUUACGUUUGUCAUUGUCUUGUGGGAGGGUCUGUUGGGCGGUGGUGCCUAUGUUAAUACCUUCUAUAGAAUGUCUAAGGAAAUACCUCCCGGUAGGCGACAAUUUGCCAUGGCCAUGGUGGUUCAGUCAGAUUCGUAUGGUAUUGCUUUGGCCGGUUUUCUAGCCAUUCCAGUGCAUAAUGCCAUUUGUGCUUUACCGGCAGCUGUGAGAAGUGUCACGUGGUAAAGGCGGCAAGCCAGUAUUAGUAAUUAUUGAUUUAGUUUUAAUUUAGUUUAAAUGUGUAAAACGUUAAAUGUAGCUUGUUGUGUACAUUAAUUUUUAAGGACUGUCCCAAAAGGAAAGAUCUAUGUAAAUUUAACUAUAAUUGGUUUAUAGUUAAAAUGUUAAGAAUUUAAUACGUAGUUGUAAGAUGAUCGAAAAGACGAAAACAAAAUUUAAUAAACAUGUAGUGAAAUUAAAAAAAACAAUUAGAAAAUACAAAA